UUUUUUUAUGGUAAAAGCCGCCCGGAAGUACCGCUUCGGACAAGCUAGGGAGAAAAAUAACCAAACCGGCCAAGUUAGAAGGGCGGCCGGGCUUUCUCGAGGCUACCUGAGCCAUGGCAGGCACGGCGCUCAAGCGCUUAAUGGCGGAGUACAAGCAGUUGACUUUGAAUCCUCCUGAAGGCAUAGUAGCAGGGCCUAUGAAUGAAGAAAAUUUCUUUGAGUGGGAAGCUUUGAUAAUGGGACCAGAAGAGACGUGUUUUGAGUAUGGAGUUUUUCCUGCUAUUCUGAGUUUUCCUCUUGAUUAUCCUUUAAGUCCUCCAAAGAUGAGAUUCACAUGUGAAAUGUUUCAUCCUAACAUUUAUCCAGAUGGGAGAGUUUGCAUUUCCAUUCUUCAUGCUCCUGGAGAUGAUCCAAUGGGCUAUGAGAGCAGUGCAGAACGAUGGAGUCCUGUGCAAAGUGUGGAGAAGAUCCUCUUGUCAGUGGUUAGCAUGCUAGCAGAACCAAAUGAUGAAAGUGGAGCCAAUGUGGAUGCUUCUAAAAUGUGGCGAGAAGACCGAGAACAGUUCAACAAAAUAGCCAAACAAAUUGUCCAGAAAUCACUUGGUCUUUAAAAAAAUUCAAACAAAACACCUGAAACUCUUGACAAUCUUCCUGUUGAACAUUUUAUAGACAGAGGCUGAUAGCAGAACUCUGAAUUGGUACCAAAAAACAAAUCUUGCAAAACUAUUCAUGAAUUUUUGCUCCUCUCUGUAUAUAAGCAUGCAUCAAUCCUUUUACACUUUGGAAGAAAAAUCUUUCUCAAUGUAAGACAUACCAAUAGAUGGGAUGCAAGUACUGUAGAGCUGUAAUCAGUUUCCAUUAGUAAAAACUUAAGUCUCUGCAAUUAUAUCUGUAAUAUCAUAUUGUUAGUGGAAGCUAUAUGUCACCAAUGAGAAUUAUCCGUUUAAGAAUUAUUAUUUACAUAAUUUCAUUUAACUAAAAAAAGAAUGUUGAUCAUCAAAAUGUUACACAAUAAAGUGAACUAUCUUCGUCCUGGGAAA